UCAGAUUCAAACGGCUUCGGUUUUAGUGCGACAGUAAGUGUUAAUAACAGUGUUUUAAACGUUUUCUUUCUAAAUGUGUGCUUAGGUAAGAUGACACUGAGCGUCGCAUAAUGAUUAAACACGGGUUUGAAGCUAAAAAAACCCCUCCAAUGUUGGUUAUUUAUUAAAUAAGAGUAUUUUUCGGGACUGUUUAUCGUACGAGAACAAAGCUUCAUUCACAAAAUAAUGGAGUUCGUCGCUGACUCGAUAGAUAGCAAGUGUCAGAGAGGUUCACUGAACUCAGAUAUGCAGACGGAAACAGCAAAGAGGAGGAGACAACCUGACCGAAGCGAGAGCGGGGAGAGGAGAGCAGAGCCGCGGGAUAUCGAAGAGAGACCCGCGGGCAGCAGAGUCCGGAGCUCCGGGGAGUACAAGGCAAGGUCAAAUUUGAGCUUUGACGCUCUGCAGCAGAAACAGAAGCAGGCAGCAGGAGACCGGCGAAGAAGGAGGGCUGAGAGGAAAGGAGAGGAGGAAGAGGAGUGGGAAGAGAGAGGAAGAUGGAAAGACAGAAGUGGAGGAAAUGGGGGGAGGGGAGGGAAGAGGGUGGCGUCAGAAGGGCACGAUGGGGGCGAGGACUGCAGGAGGCUCAGCACCGACAGCUCUGACAAUGUUUGUGUUUGUGUGGUAGAGCGAGCGGCGCAGCUCCAGCAGGCGGUCGAGGAGCUGCAGAAAGCUCUGGACAUCACGCGGCAGGCCAGCGAGGGGGAACGGCACGCUUCCCAGCGUGAGGUGGAGGAGCGAGAUCGACUGAUUCAGAGUUUCAGCUCUGAAAACCAGAGACUGCACCAACUGCUGAAGGAUCAGGAGGUUGCUCUGGAGGAGUCAGAGACGAGGCUGGCCAAGGUGCAGACGGAGCGAGAGAAGGAGGCCGAGGUGAAAAGACGACGUGCCGACGAGCUAAAGCAGCUGAUGGAGAAAGAGGAGAGGAGCCGCAGGGAGAAGGAGCUGCUGGAGCAGAGGGUGAAGUCUCUUCAGUCGAACAUCGAGGCGGAGCGAGGUGCUCACCUGGAGACAAAGUUCAACUCUGAGAUCGUCCAGGUAACAAACGCGCAGAGACCAGUUCUAUUCAGAACCUGUGAAAUUGUUAUAAAUGCAAACAAGGCCGUUCAGAGGCAGAGCGACACAGAGGAGGCGUUUGUGACCUGUGUGAAACAGAUCAGAGACGCUCUGCAACAGCACACCAGCGAACCAUCAGCGCAACCUGCAGAGGAUGAUGGGAAACAGAGUCUUCCUGCUGAAGUCCUGCAGCUGCUGAGGACCACGCUCAGCUCAUACCAGCAGAGGCUGUUAGACGCUGACAGACAGCUCCAGGAUCUGCUGCUGGUGUCGGAGAAGCUGCAGGAGGAGAACCAGACUCUUCAGCAGCUGACCUCAGAUCAGAGGAGGCAGAUUGAUGAGUCUCAGCAGGAGACGCUCAAACUGAAGGAGGAGGUGACUCGCUUACGCCAGGAGAGCUCUGAUUGGUCGACACGGAGUCAAAGCCAGGAGGUCGAGCUGCAGAGAGAGAGGGAGGAGAGGAAGAGAGAACUAGAGAAGGAGAGGGAGGAGAGGACAGCAGAAGUCCAGGAGAUAACUGAACACUACAAGAAAGAGUCGACGGCCCAUCUGUCCUUCCUCUACUGCCUCUACCAGCGCCUGCUGGCUGGCUGCGUCCUCCUCGAUCAAUCCCAGAGCAUUCUGGGUAACUUCACCUGGCAGGAGCUGUGUGAUGUCAUCAGCGAGCAGGUGGACCAGCUGACCUCUGACCUCAAGAAAGCCAACAACAAGAUCGCCCACCUGCAGAGCGUGUGCGACAAGAAGAGUGUGUGUGUGCGCGAGCUGCAGCGGAAUCAGGAGUGUGUGUUGUCCCGUCUGGAGGAGAGUCUCUGCCGCUCUCAGUGCGACUCUCUCCGUGAUCGCACCUCCUCUCUGGAGCAACGCUGUUCCUCGCUGACCUCUGACCUCUCCCAGCUCAGAGGCCUCCUCUCUCGAAGCCGCAAGGAGUCCUCGUCCUUCUUCUUAGCAUGCGCCCUGCUGGGUGGAGCGCUGAGGCACGCUCACCACCGUCUGUGUGGGCUUUCUGAGCAGAAGAAAUUCCUGUGCCGGCAGCUGGCAGAGCGGGAGCAGCUGGAGGAGGAGGUGAGGAGGCUGGUUGAUGCUCUGGAAGGAGAGAAAGACCAAGAGAAGGAGGAAGAGAAGAAGAGAGAGAGGACGAGGAGGGCAACGAAGAGGUGGAGGAGGACUGUGUGUGCUGUGCUGGCAGUGAGGAGGUGGUGUUCGCUGGCCAGGAACACGACAGUGUUGCUUCGUCUGGAGAGAGGAGGCGGAGCUCCAGCUGUCUGCGUCUGUGGAGGGGCGGAUACGGCGACACAGAAGGCUCGAGACACACCAGAUUCGUCCCCUCCACUCUUGCUCUCAGUGGCUUGCGCAGGCUUGUCCCGCCUCCUUGAUCUCCUCCUCGACCAAUCAGAGUCCAGCCUAUCAUCCUGUGACGUGAAGGAGGAGACACUGAGCAGCCAAAUGAGGCUCGGUCUAAGUAGCCUGACGUCUUUGCAGUCUGACACAAAGAGUUUGGUGUCGGUCCUCCAGCAGCAUUUCCUGGUCUUCAGCCAGCGGCUGCAUUCGACAGAGGUGGAGAGGCGGAGCCUGCGGCUGGAGGUGGCCAAUCUGAGGAAAGGACUCCGGAAGGAGACGAACAGAAUGGUGCCAGACGAGCGUUUCCAGAGUGUGUGCGUGGAGCUCCGUCAGGCUCUGAGCAGAGAGCAGGAGGCCCAGAUGCUGAUCCAGGAACAGUCCAACCAGCUGCACACGCUGCAGCGGCGAGUCGACGAAAAUGCUGCCGAGCAAGCUGAAACACAGCGCACACUGAGACAGACCACACAGGUGCUGUCAGAGGCUCGGCAGGAGGUGAAUCGGAAAGAGCGCUCACUGAGGAUUCUGGGUAAGCACCUAUCAGGGAUUCAGAAGGGGAAGAAGCAGGUGGAGGAGAGGCUGCAGCGAGCUGAGGAAGAGCUGAGAGAUGCCAGCAGACGUCGGGACCGUGUGGUCAGCUGCAUGAAGGCUGCAGAGGCGAGUUGCAAGCAGGUGAACACAUGCACACAAACACACACACACAGUGAGGUGACCUCACUUUGACUGCUGAAACUCACUCUGGGCCUCACAGUUGUUGAAACAAUGCAGUGUGCUCUUCAGUUCAGGGACAGUCUCGUCCAAUCGCAACACUCUCUGAAGACCAAGCCCCGCCCCUUGCUGUUACCUCAUGAGAACCUAGAGUUGAGUGGAGCAGAGAGCAUCAUGGGAGCUCCUGAGGCGACAGCGUGCCAGAGUUUUCUCUCCGCCGUCUCUCAGCUCUGCCACACCUGCAGCUCCAGGAUCGAUUGGCUUGAGCAGGAAGUCUCUGCCCACCGCAGUCAUGUGACAGCACUGCGUAGCGAGCUGCAGGAUGCCUGUCUCCGUGACAACUUGGCCUUUGUUCCUGUGUCUGAUUUCACAGAAACCUUUCCUGUCGCUGACGUGGAAAUACCUCAAGCUGUUCCCCUCUGUGAUUCGUCAAAGAACCCGAUGAUCACUGUAAACCACUCCCCCUCUAAGGUAAACCCCACCCCUCCAUCAAAAGCAAGGUCCUCCCCUACAUCGGCUUCUUGCAAAGUCACCGUGGGUCAAACGAAGUUGAAGAAAGCCACAAAAAAAACCAGAGGCCACGUGAAGAGCGGAGGGCGGAAAUGAUCACAUAUGUCUGUAAUGAUACAAACCACAGAAGAAGAAACACUUUUUUGAAGUUGUGGAGGCUUUCUGAUUUUGGAAACUUCUUCUUCAAAUAACCAAAACUUUAUUCAUCUGCAGUAGCAGGCAAACAUGCUCUCUCCACAGCUGUCUGGUGACAGACGCCUGAAGGCCAGAUGGUCGAGCGUUACGACGGCGACUCGGUGACGGAUCAGCAGCUGCCGCUGCCACCAGAGCUGCUGUCACUCAGACGCUGCUGCUCGUGUGCUGUGGCCGAGUGCGUUCUCAAACGAUUCACGUGAAAGAAAACAUCACAGAGAAAGAGUGAAAAUUCUUCUUCAGUGUGUUCAGUCGGUUUUACUCAGUUACCUCACUGCAGAUUUUCUGUUCGUGUUACUUUUUCGCUCUCGUGUGAGCUGAAAUUUUGUUUGUUUGCACACAGAACUCACGAGCAGAUACAUGUCCAGCUAAAGCAGAAAAGCUAAAGAGAUAUAAAUGUAUCUUUUUUUGUUUAUUGUAUUUGUUUUUACUUAUUUAUUGUCAGAUUUUCACUGU